AUUUGGAGGACGUAAAAUCACGGUCCUCUCAAAAUGUGACAUAUUUAGUUCAAAAAUUAUAGUUCAAUGUAUUCACCGAAUAUUGAGUGAAAAAGAUAUAUAUUUUUGUUCUUAAUCGUACCCCACCGUUUUCUAUAUUUUUAAUUGAAAGUGAAUAGUUGAAGCCUUCGGAUUAGACGAACAAAAUUUACGUUGUCCUAACCUCUGAAUUUCAGUUCAUCAAAACAAACUGUGCGUCCCUUCUUCUCUUUUUUUGUAAAUGGGUUGGACAAUUUGUUUCUGUUUAAACUUUUUGGUUGUAUAAAUUGCGUUGGACCUUUAAAAAAUAAACCAUCUCAGAACAGUCUUUAACGUAAUUAAGGCGGGAACUGUGAAACUUUGCGAUAAAUAAAUAUAUACCAACAUUUCUAGCCUUUUAUUGUGAAUGAAUCAUCAUGUGUCGCACUUCUGUUUCUUUCAAAACUGCUAAGGUGAAAUGAAUUUUCCGAAAUAUCGAGUCCACUUCAAUAAUCGAAGCGAUUGCUCUGACGAAUCGGAAUCGGACGACUCAGAUGACUCAGAUUCAGACAGCAGCUGUUCUGGAGUCAGCAGUGCGCCGAGUAACUUCUGCUGUCCGGUCAAACCACCUCGAUCCCGAAGUAACUCUAGGAGCAAAUGCGAAUGCAAAUGCUUCGCCGAGCCCACCAAAAGUGAUACCUCGAAAAAUAUUUGUCCCAGUUGUCGCGACGGAUCCAAAAGUAGUCUCAGAUGCUCGUCCAAACCGAUCUUAAAAGAGACCAAAUCCGACAAAUGUUGCUCAGAGCGUCCAAACAGGCCCUCGACGGUGAAAUUCGACUUAGACCCCCCGGACAUCGACUUCUGUGCCGAGGAAAAACCCAAGAAGAGAAAGAAGUCGAAAGAGAGAUGUGUCGUCGCUAGCCCGUGCCAAGUGCCGAUGGGUCGGAUGCGAAGGCGCGAGGAUCGGCAUGUCGAUGAGGACUGCAACGAUGACUGCGAUUGGGUGGACAUCAAUAGACCAGAGCCCGAGGAGUGUCCUAAAUGGACGCCACCGCGGAAGAGGUGGUCGUCCGAAGAUAUAUUCACUCUGUGCAAACUCCUCGCACACGAUGAAGAGGACGCUUAUCUGGGCGGGAAGAUGAGAGAUCUCCUCAGAUAUCGAGGCUCCUCAGAUGGACGAAUCUACAAUGACCGCCUUUACAAUGCCGCAGGUCGACAGCAGUCCGCGGCGAGUCGAAUUAGAUCGUCAGUCGGCGAUCUACCGUUGCGGGAACCAACAGCCAAAGAGAAACUACUGCUCAAAGCCCAUUGCAUCCCCCCGCGACAGAUGUCCCUGAGCUCUAUGUCCAGAUACGGAAACCGCGGGAGGACUCUCAACGACGACAAGUUUUUCAUCCCUUACGCUAUACCGCGGGACAAGACCACGUUCAGGACCUGCCCCGAGACGAUGUGCCAACCCGGCUUCCAGAUGAUCCCGACCUGCGACCGAAGACCCUUGAAGAGCAAGUGCACGAAAAGGCUCUUCCGGUUCCGCUUCCCCCUGAGAUCGCACUGCAAAGGCAAGAGGCCGAAGAUAAAGUACAGGUACGAAAAGGACGGCGAGGACGAUUGGGUUCAGAGAUCGGAAGACGAGGAUCCCCAUAUCCUACCGCCCACGUCCGUCCGGCAGGAUAGGAUUAAAGGCGCUUUUCGAUCGUUCGAAAAAUUGAGGGGUGGAGGUUGUGACGAUGAUGUGUCGUUGGCGUCCUUCGCACCGACGGCACCCUCCUGUCCGCCGAUCUCCACCCUCCAGGAUUGUGGACCGCCGCCUCCUCAACCUCCUCCCGCAGUGCCCCAACGCACUUGCUCGCCCAAUUCUCAAAGAGAACGUUCUCCAUCUCGAUGCACUCCACCACCCAAGUCUGCCCGACAUUACUCUCCACCCUCUCGCCGUUGCACGCCACCCCCGUCCUUACCUCCCCAAAACUGCCCGCCUGCCCAGUCGUACCGCGCCUACUCCCCGCAAUCGCAAUCUCCUUCAACCCCUUACAACUACGCCCCCAGCAGCCCGUCCCGCACGCGACUCCAGAUGGUUUGCCAGCCCGCUCCCGAGGAAUGCGAGAGCUUUGAAUUGGCUCCAGGGCAUAAUUAUUCCAUGCAGUGCAACCCGAUCAAAAAUCCUUGUCCACAGCGACUAUAUAAAGCCGAGAUCAUGCCGUGUCCCAGUGCCCCACAAUGCCAACAAUGCCAGUCUACGACGUCUACGAUCUGUUCGGUCUGCGGACCGAUGAAGGUCAAUGAAACUUCUCCGAAGAACUGUUCUUUUGUUGAAUUCUUCUCAAAAAAUAGACAAAGAUGCGAGCAGUGCAACAAGGGAUGCUCCAUCUUAUCAGCUCUUCUGCACAGUUUCAUUAUCCUCAUGCUGGCUGGAACGACCGUCCUCGUCUUCAUCUGGGCUUUUUACUUCCGGAAAACUGUCGGAUUUUCAGCCACCGACGCCCAGGCCAACAUCAACUACCACCCCGUCAUGAUGAUCAGCGGCUUCAUCUCCCUCUCGGGUUUCUCGUUACUCAUUUACCGAUUGGGUCAAUGUUGCCGGCACGGGUACAUGCAAUGUAUACAUCUUGCUCUUCAUGGGUUGGCCGUGCCCUGUAUUGUUCUCGGAAUCUCGGCCGCCUACAACUACCACAAACUCGUGAAGCCGGCUGAACAUCACUUGAUCACUCUUCACAGUUGGAUUGGGCUAAUCACCAUCAUAUUAUUCGCAGUUCAGUUCACUGGCGGAGUCCUUAGUUUUGUACUGACGAACUGUUGUUCCGGAAUGGCGCAAAGAAUCAGGGAAGGUUUUAUCCCAAUCCACGCCACACUCGGUAUGACAACGCUGUUAAUGGCGAUCUCGACAGCUUUGACAGGUCUAACGCAAAGAAUUCUGUACGUCUCCCAGAAAGACCCAAAAGCAACUGCAGGAACUGGGUACAGAGGCAUGGAGGCCUACUUCCAAGCAAGAAUCGGCGAGUACAGUGAAGCCAUGAUCGUUAACCUGCUGGGAGGUUUCUUAUUGAUUCUCGCAGUCCUCAUGCCAAUAAGUCUACGUCGCAAGUGCCCCAAGCCCAUGAUGGCAUGCGUCAAUGGAUGCUCAGCCUGCUAGGGAAGGGUUCAGCCGGCAGACUUGGACCCCAAGUCUCCGGCAUGAUAGUCAACACUAUCAUAUUCGAUUCUCGUGGCUUUUCCUCUUCUUAUGUCCUUGCGAUUACCGGAUGUUACACGUCACUGCCAUGAGAGUUGCAGUCAUAGCAACCAGACUCAGAAAAUCAUCAAAUUUUGUUUAAGCUGUUGGAUGAUCAGGGAUUUAUCAUCGCACCUUGAUUUGAAAAAUCCUUAAAUUUUCCAAUAACAGUUGCGGCUAAAGUGAUUAGUGCGAGAAAAAUGGACGUCUUCUUAGCUAAUUGAUGGAUUUAUUGGGUUUUAGGUCCAUCAUUACAAAAGAUUUGAUCAUUUUCCUCAAGCACACAAGUAACUAUCACAAUAUCACAUCUGUUGAAAUUUUUGGAUUUUUUAGCCGUAAAGCCAUAGACUGAUUUUACAUAGCUAAUGGUGAUUUUUUACGUGGAUUUUCCAACAAAUUGCACGGAUCUUGCCUCUCUUACCGAGGACCAGGUGACCUCCAAUUCACCGUUAAGUGCAAAGGAAGAGACAUUACUUUUUACAUCGUCCAGAGAUAUUUGAGAGUAUAUCGUCAAAACUGUGAAGAAGGAUGCCAAAUUUUACGUAAAUCGAUUAUUUUUAGGAGAAUAAUAAUUAUGAUUAUCCAUUAUAAAAGUGCAUAAACUAGGUGCAAAAAAGAGCAGAAUGAACCGUCCUAAGAGAUUCCAGCGUCAAAUAUGUAUACCGUACACAUAAAAACAAUCGAAGUUUCAUCGGUUCUUUUCUUACUUUGGUGUACAUGAUACAAGACUUUGGUUCAGUUUGCAUGUAUUAAGAAACCGUUAUAUUAUCCUUUUUGUGGUAUUAAAGGAAACUUCCGAAUUGAUCGUCUUAAGUGAUCAGCAUCAUGAAGUAUGAUUUUGUGCAAUUUUCCGAGGCAAAAAUUUCAAGGAGAACCAGAUUUUAGAUUUGUUGAGAAAAAUUUUCAGUGCGGAAGGACAGAAAAACAAACCCAAUACGAGACAAGCAUUUAUAGGAAAAAUUAGAAUUUCAUAAUUAUCGCGCGUUCAUUUAUACUCAUUAAAGCUUUAAAAGCUUGCUGGAAUGAGAGAAGCGUCUAAUAAUUAUUGCCUCUAUUUACAGAUUGCCUAAUGAAAUUCCAGGACAGAACCUUUCAAAGAUGUUUAAAAAGGUGGGUUCAACGCGAGUAAAAUCUCCGAGUUAGCAUAGUCAAAGAAUCGAUUUAUUAUGUUUAAUCCUUCUGCGUGUCGCCAGAUAUACAUUUAUAUUUUUAUACUUUUUUUUUUGUAUAAUCCUCAUAUCUAUGUAAUUGUAAUGAAUAUUUAAAAUAAGAUUUGGAUGAAGGACGAAGUUUUGACAUUGAUAAAUUGCUUAAUUUACUUCCUCUUCUACAUCGAUCUUCCUAGGCUUCGAUUUUUUUCUCUCUUUUCAAAUCACAACUUAUUUUUAUUGGUUAAACUUCGCCCAAUCAUUCAUGUCUACCAUGGUUGAGGGUUUUCUCAAAAAUGAAUAAUGAAAUAUCAUUGGAGGCUGAAUAAGGAAUUAAAACAAUGCCAGAGAAAUUCAGUUUGACCUUAGGUAAGGGUAAGGGAAGUUUUCAUAGCCGUAUUGUUCGAGAAAGCGAUCUGAUCAUAGUCAUUUUUGGUAUCCAAAUACUGAAGUAAUUCACUCUCAGAAACCUAUGAAAACUUCGUAAUGAAGGUUAAAAGAAUUAAUUCGUUAAUUUGAACCAAUGUAAAAAAAAGUCUUGACAUGCGACAAUGAUUCUCUUAGUCAUUUCCAGAUAAAAAUCCUCAACUAAUAGAGUUAAUUGUACAGAAUUUGAACUGAUUGUCUAUAAAAGAGCUAAUGUUGUGCACUGUAUUCUCACGUUUAUUGUAAAGCUACCCAAAGUAUGAAUUAAAAAAUGUGUUCCACUACUAA